GCUGCAGGUGUAAUCUCCUUGGUGUCAGCUGUAGGGCCACAAGUUCUGCCUGAACACUGUGAGAGGGGGGGAGAGGGAGCUGCUGUGGUGCUUGUGGAAGGAGCAGGGGUUAAUGAGUGAAGGGAGGGAGCAGCUGCUCUGGGCUUCAGUUUAGCCCGGGAUCUACCGGCAGUUGUAGUAGGGAGGGAGCCAAUGAAAGGCCCGCCUCCUCCGUGACAUCAUCAGCUGCUGCCCUUGCUCUGCUCCGUGCCUAUGGGGCUGCAGGCACAACUCUUUUCUUGGAUAGUGAGAGAUUAGAAGACAAGACCAGCUGCUAAACCCGCACAGCGCUUCAGGUGUCCGUGACGUCGAAAGAAAGAGGAGGAGGGUAAGCGGCUUCCAUACAUACGUCACACAGUGACACUCUUCAGUUGGACCCGGGGAGUUUUUACUUUCCGCUGACAGGCGACUGGUUGUAGCGCCGGGAAGAAGGCGGGUCAGUGUGCGCAGGUGUCACGGGGAUGCUGGGAGUUUUAGCUCUGACUGUGACAGGGUUAGACGCUCUGGUACCUAUGAACCCUCUCGUAUCCGCCGCUCAGUUACGCCUCCUCCUUUUACUCGCUCGGUAAUGUUCGGCCUCCGUGGGGAUAUAGACUGGCGUUACGGCCGGGAGUAGGUGAUCGGCUUCAGCGCAGGAGCCGAGCACAAAGUAGAGAGUGCGGUGUCUGUCAAAACAAGUGUUGCUAUAACAGCAGAGCUGUCUUGAAUGGUCGCUGAUGUGCUGUAUGCCUUAAAGAAAUUUACACGGAAGUAGCUGAAUAUCAUGCCAAGCAAAAUGGGGUCAAAAAUGGAUUUAUCAAAGGACAUCAAAAUUAAGGCACACUACAAAGGAGACAUACUGAUUACUCGACUGGAAGCAGGGAUGAAUUAUGAACAACUAUGCGAAGAAGUGAGAGAAAUGUGCUACUUAAACCAGAGGCAGCCCAUCACAUUGAAAUGGAUUGAUGAUGAAGGGGAUCCAUGUACUAUUUCUUCCCAAAUGGAGCUGGAAGAAGCUUUUCGUUUAUAUUCCAUAUACAAGGAAGAAGGCCUCAGCAUCCAUGUGUUUCCCAGUAUUCCAGAGAAGCCAGGCAUGCCUUGCCCUGGAGAAGACAAAUCAAUCUACCGUCGAGGGGCCAGAAGAUGGAGGAAACUGUACCGAGUGAAUGGACAUCUCUUUCAAGCCAAACGCUUUAACAGAAAAGCCUACUGUGGCCAGUGCAGUGAAAGGAUAUGGGGUCUUGGAAGGCAAGGCUACAAGUGUAUCAACUGCAAACUGCUUGUCCAUAAACGCUGUCAUAUAUUAGUCCCGCUGACCUGUAAAAAGCAUAUGGAUUUGGUCAUGCCUUUCCAGGAUCCGCAAGUAGAUGACAAAAGCGACGAAGUUGAUCCUCCCUCUGAAGAAAUUGAUGAAAUUUCAAUUAUCCCUCCAAGAAAACAUGAGAAUCGUAAAGAUGGAUCUGAGGAUCUUAAGCCGGUCAUUGAUGGAUUGGACGGGAUCAAAAUCUCCCAAGAAUUAGGACUUCAAGACUUCGAACUUAUAAGGGUGAUUGGAAGGGGAAGCUAUGCCAAAGUACUUCUGGUGCGCUUAAAAAAGAACGACCAGACUUAUGCUAUGAAAGUAGUGAAGAAAGAGCUUGUACACGAUGACGAGGACAUAGAUUGGGUGCAGACAGAGAAGCAUGUAUUUGAACAAGCAUCCAGUAACCCAUUUUUAGUAGGCCUUCACUCCUGCUUUCAGACGCCGAGCCGGCUGUUUUUGGUUAUAGAAUAUGUGAAUGGAGGUGACCUCAUGUUUCAUAUGCAACGACAAAGAAAACUUCCGGAGGAGCACGCCAGGUUUUAUGCUGCUGAGAUCUGUAUUGCUUUGAAUUUCCUGCAUGAAAGGGGAAUCAUCUACAGGGAUCUAAAGUUAGACAAUGUUCUUCUAGAUGCUGAAGGUCAUAUCAAGCUAACAGAUUAUGGCAUGUGUAAGGAGGGGCUAGGGCCAGGAGACACCACUAGUACAUUCUGUGGCACUCCAAAUUACAUUGCUCCAGAGAUACUACGGGGAGAAGAAUAUGGGUUCAGUGUGGAUUGGUGGGCUCUGGGGGUGCUCAUGUUUGAGAUGAUGGCUGGGAGGUCUCCUUUUGACAUAAUUACAGACAAUCCAGAUUUGAACACAGAAGAUUAUCUUUUCCAAGUUAUUCUUGAAAAGCCAAUUCGGAUUCCAAGGUUCCUCUCUGUGAAAGCUUCCCAUGUCUUAAAGGGAUUUUUAAACAAGGAUCCAAAAGAAAGACUCGGGUGCCAGCCUCAAACUGGAUUCUCUGAUAUUAAGUCACAUACCUUUUUCCGCAGCAUAGACUGGGAUAUGCUGGAGAAGAAGCAAGUCGUCCCUCCGUUCAAACCUCAGAUAACUGAUGAUUAUGGGCUGGAAAACUUCGACACUCAGUUCACCAGUGAGCCCGUGCAGUUUACCCCCGAUGAUGAAGAAACAAUAAAACGAAUAGACCAAUCUGAGUUUGAAGGCUUUGAAUACAUUAACCCAUUGUUGCUUUCUUCGGAGGAGACCGUAUGAAGGACUGGAAUCUCUCUAUAGACAAUUUAUACGAUUGAUCCCGAACUUGUAUCCUUAACUUCAGUAUAUGCAUGCAAGGCUGGAAACUAAUGCAGGGUUGUGAAUAAAAGGCCAGUUCUACAAGAUUUGCUGCUGCUGCUGAAAUUCCAUAAUGAAGGAGAAGUGUCUCUGGGCUGUAGCUGCCAUCCUAUUCCAACACCGAUAUCUCUGGCUACGUUACACAGUAGAUCCAUUUUCUUGUGCCUCAUGAAAGUUCCCCAGUAUCUGCCAAUUCAUUUAGCUGUGAGGUUGUGUGUGGAGGAACUCUUCAUUUCAGGCAAUCCAAUAAACAAAUUUCUGAUAAACAAAUGUGCUCCAGAACCAGAUGAAGAGUCGGGGCAAGAAAGCUGCAAUGAUGGACCCAAAGUCUUCUCCUCCCGUCAUCACUGUGGGAUGGGGGCUCUAAGAUUUAUGCAGUUUAUAGACUUGAUGUAAUGGGAACGCUAUAUAAAAUAUUUGCACUGGAGAAGGUCCCAGGUACAGAAUAUAUGUGGAGCAAGUCAAUAUUAAUCACAUUUGGAGAGUCUAAAUCAGCAAUAUUGCACUUAAAAAAUAACAAAUUGGGUUCAGCAAUAAGCAACUAAAACAAGUUGUUGGGAUGAAAAAAAAAAACCAAACAAUUGGCUUUCGGAAAAUCAAGAUUGCAAUGUGCCUAAUUCUUAGUUUGUAGCGUGCGACGAUGAGCCGCAACUCAGUGUUCCAUUGCAAACAAUAUUCAGCCAUAGAAGCCCUAUGCGUCUCACACCAAGCACAUCCUCUUCAGCAUAUUUGUUUUGUACUUUCCAGUAUUUCCAUGUUAUAUAAUGCGGCAGAAGCUGCAGAACAGUAAUGAAGGCAGUUUCCGGGUCAACCUCCACCCCUCUCUUUGUUUGGGGGGGUGGGACUGUGAAUAUACGAUCACUUGAACCAUUUUGGUCAUGAUAUGGAUGUAAGAUACUUGAUUUACUACUCCAGUACAUAUUAACAGUCCAUUCUAUGCAGCUUCUAGUUUACAGCCUGCCCAGCAUCCCUUUAUCCCAUCACUUCAGCUCUCCGAACGACGACUAAUACUUAAUUUAUAUAGAAAUGAUUAUUUAUUUUCCAUGCCUUGGCAGACAGGAACAGUGCAAUGAAAUGUGUAUAGAAACGGGCUGCACAGCUGAGGGAAGCUGGAGGAAACACUUUCAGGGGUUAUUUAUUAAAGUCCGAAUGCCAAAAACUAGAAAAAAAUUGAGUUUUCUGACUAUAAUAUCACUUUUUUUUUUGUGAAAAAAAAAAAAAAACCUUACAUUUUUUGUGAUUUAUUACACCCAGAGGAUAGAAAAAGUCUGAAUCUGAAAAUCUGGUUUCUCAGACCUGCAGAGGUUGUAUAUAAGUCAAUGGGAGAAGAUAUCCUGAUCUGGGCUGGGUUUCGUGCAAAAAUCUGAAGAUUGUGAUUUUUCAAGCAAAAAUCUGGAGUUUUCGUGCGGUAAAUCUUUAAAAUUCAUACGUUUUGAAUUUUUGUGAGAUUUUUUCGAGUUUUUUCCUGCACUGGAAUUUUUCAGGAAAAUGUAGCGAUUAAUAAGAGGACAUAACCUGUGCGGAUUUGGUCAGAGUAUUUUUCAGAAAGUAAUGCGAUAAAUUCAGAUUUUGAUAAAUAACCUCCCUAAAGUGUGCCAAUAUAGCCUAAGAGGCACAUUUAUUAAUGCUCGCGCUCAGAGAUACGGAUAUUUUACAGGCAACUGGGAGCUAAUGGCAAAUUGUGAUUUAUAAAACAACAAACUCAAAAUGAUGCUUUAUCUCAUUAGCUCUACCACCAUGCCAUGGAGAUCAGCGGACAUUCAA